AAUAUAGAAUUUUUCUACAGGAAUGGGUUACUAACUUACUGUCCAAAUUUCAUCCUGAAAGGCAAUGAGUGUUUCAUGUAGUUAUUAGUCACAUGCACAAUCUUUAACUAGAAAAACUAGGAAUAUUUUAGGGCCUCCCUUAGUUUACGGAAAUUACUAACUUUCAAGAUACAUGAGAUGAGGAAUCGAACUUGAGAUUCGUCAAGUUACAAAUUUACCGCUUCCGCAGGGAACCUUAUCAGGAAUCCUAGACUAACAUGAUCUUAAGUAUUACAGAAAUUGUUAGAUAAGUAUUGCAAAAGUUUAACGUAAUUUGGUUAAAAAAACAAUACUAUAUAUUGUGGCAAUGCCGAUCUCGGAAUUAAAACACGAUAACGCAAACAACAGAUUCAGCAUAUCGUCAGAAACUUUCUAUUUUCAUGUCAUGUUUAUUUUUCGAUUGUGAUACUUGUCGACGUGACCGCAACCGUGGGAUUCUUGUCGAGGUGAUCGCAGUAGUUUAAAACGAUAAGCAAAACUAAUGUAACAUUAUGGAGUCACAGUCUGAAAAUAUGUCUAUGGAAAAUGUCUCUACGGAAAAUUUGUUUACGGAAAAUGUGUCUACGGAAGAUGAGCCUGCGGAAAAUAAGCCUGCGGAAAAUGUGCAAACGAAAAGGAUAGAUACGAUAAAAUUUGUUACUACCCAAGCGCAGGACGUAUCCAUCAACAUGGCAGGCAUAACAGAGAUAGCAAUGGAGGUGAUGUCUUAUAUGGUUCGUAAUCAUGAAAAUCAAAAUUUCGCUGAGGUCACAUCACGUUACGUGCGAUUGUCAUCCGGAUUUCACCCCAAACCGAACGACCCCAAAGCACCGGACUGGCUAUUUGUGUUAAAUACAUUGAAUUUUGCACUCUGGACCCGAAAGGAUGAGCCGGAAUGGAAAGUUCAUGGAUUCACUGGCUACAUGGCAUUGUGCGCUGCUAUUAAAAGGGCUAUAGAGUGUGGGAAGCCAAUGUGGAACCCUACGUUUUAUAAGGACCUAUCUAUGACAGAUAUGAAAAUCAUAUUCCGGGGUGAUAACAAUAAUUACAUUCCACGCAUAUCUGAAAGAUUACAGAUUUUGCACGACAUUGGAGAAAUUUUAUUGGACAAGUUCAAAGGUACUUUCAGCGAAUGUAUCAGAUUAUGUGAACACGAUGCCGCGAAGUUGAUGCCUAUACUUAUGAAAUUCCCGUCGUACGAUGACAGUCUAACAAAAUACGGCGAACAACAAGUUCGUUUGUACAAUAAAGCUAUGAUAUUGACAGCCAGCAUGGUGACCUUCUUUGGUCCGAAGCAUAGUCUUUAUCUAAAAUGGGCAAAUGAGAAACCUCCUACGAUAUUUGCCGAUUAUCGUAUUCCUCAGAUUUUUAAUCAUUUUAAGGCUCUUGUUUAUAGUAAGAAUUUUUUGGACAAACUUGAAGAAAAGGACGGAUUGCUGACGCAUGGGAGCAGAGAAGGAUUAGAGAUAUUCUGUUGUUCGAUAACCAUAGCAAGAUACGUGAAAAAGAUGGUGAUAGAAAAGUGCGAUUACUACAUAGAAGAAAGUAAAAUACCUGAAAUACUUCUACCUAGUUUCGAUUUCACGUGUCUGGUUGACAACUUUCUGUGGGACUAUCGACAAAUAUACGAUAAGGAAUUGAAGAAGAGCAUAUUAUGCAAGAUCUCCACUGACCAAUAUUAAUACAAUUUGCAUUGUCACAAAUCGUACAUCGAAUGAUACCUUUUCUCACGUUUUAUUCAUACUAUAUACAUCAUACUUUAAAAAUAAUGGAAAGCAAACAUGACACGGUCGAUUUUAAUUUUAUAACUCUCGAUUAAGAUUGAUUUUUUUAAAGAAAAUGUUUUUUAGCAUUUUGAUAAUAUGGACAAAAUUACUUGUAAUAAUAUAUUAACAUAUUAACCCUCAGUUACCUCACCAGGGUCUGAGAGACCUUGCACGUUGUUAAAACGUGCAGGGUUUUUAAAACGUUCAUAAAAUCCUUGUAUCUUUUUUUAGUCAAUACUAUGUUAAUUUGAAA